AUACGUUAACGCCGAUCAAUUGCAGUUUCAGUUGUUGGUCAGAUUUUGUUCUAGUGACAUCGAAGAAGCUGAAAAGGAAAAUUUUUCAAGAAAAAGAUAAUCUGCCUUUGAAUUUCAAUUGAGUUUGGUUUCCUAAGAAUUAAUUCAGACAAAGCGAAAGAUAUUUUUGAUAAAUUUGUUCAAGUGUACAUCAGAGUCAGUGUGGUUCAUCCAUAUAGUGAUCAGUUUAACAUUGUAGACUAAAAAGAAAGAUGAAUAUCGUUCAGGGUAAUGGUAAAAUCGAUUUAAACGGCAAUGGAUACACGAACGGCAGUUCAUACAAAAAUGGAGGAGGCAUUUGCAAGGAAGAAGAUUUAUACACAUAUGACACACUCGAUCAAAUUGCUAAAUUCUUCCUGGAUAGAACUAAAGUGCGACCGAAAAUCGGUAUCAUAUGCGGAUCGGGACUGGGAGCAUUAGCCGAAAUGUUAAAAAAUGUCGACAAAUUUCCAUAUUCGUCCAUACCAAACUUUCCGGUAUCAACUGUUGAAGGCCAUGCAGGACAAAUGAUGUUCGGUUACUUAGAUAAUGUGCCUGUCAUGUGCAUGCAAGGUCGUUUCCAUUAUUACGAAGGAUACCCAUUGGCUAAGUGCUCAAUGCCUAUCCGAGUUAUGAAACUUGUGGGCGUAACACAUCUGAUUGCUACGAAUGCCGCUGGUGGUCUAAAUCCAGAUUAUAAAGUGGGCGACAUAGUGAUUGUAAAAGAUCACAUUAACAUAAUGGGUUUCGCCGGUAAUAAUCCGUUACAAGGCCCUAACGAUACCAGAUUCGGCCCCAGAUUUCCGCCAAUGAACAAAGCUUACGAUCGAAAAUUGAUUGAUUUUGCCAUGCAAAUUGCCGAGGAGAUGGGAAUGAAAGACGAGGUUCACGAGGGCGUGUAUACAUGCUUGGGCGGUCCAAAUUAUGAAACGGUGGCUGAAUUGAAAAUGUUAAAAAUUUUGGGUGUCGAUGCUGUUGGUAUGUCGACUGUUCAUGAGGUUGUCACGGCCAGGCAUUGUGACAUAACGGCGUUUGCCUUCAGUAUAAUUACCAACAAGUGCGUUACCGAGUAUGAAAGCAUGGAAGAGGCCUGUCACGAUGAAGUUGUAGAUGUUGGAAAGCGCCGUCAAUCAACUCUAUCGUCAUUAGUAUGUAAAAUGGUGUCAAAGAUUCACAACGAGGCAAUGUAAACGAAGAGACAUUAUUGUGCAUUUAGUGAAUAGUUCGUUGAUUUGCUCGACUCUCUAAUCUCUCUGUACAUUUCAUUCAUAGUUACGCAAUAUGGCACAACAUAUAGCAAUAUGUUUUUGAACGAAAUUAUCCAUUGUAUUAUACAUCGUAGAAAUAAAUUUUAAUUGUAAGUGAGAACGAUGUUCGCUUUCGACCAUAGAAUAGAACUCCUGUUAAAAAAUAUAAAUGAACUAAACUUUA